ACCUCAGCGGCUCCAACAACAACCACACCUGCUCCAACGACAACCACAACACCUGCAGCAAUAACAAGCACAGCUGCAUUAACAACAACCACACCUGCACCAACUACAACCACAGCAGCCCCAACUACAACCACAACUACCUCAGCGGCUCCAACAACAACCACACCUGCUCCAACGACAACCACAUGUAACGCCACGUUCAAAAACAUCUUCACAGCAAUCUCGGACUUCAUCUACCUCUUCUGCACGCAUUAA